AUUGAAACUUGGUUCUUUAAUUCAGUUGUCGAACGACUGAUCGAUUGUCCUACUAAAGUCUAUAAAUUAAAAGAACAUUGUAUUUGCAUAGUAGGAUGUCACUUAUAAUCGUUCAAUUUUCUUCAAAUUUCUGACAUUGAGUUGAUUUAUGGCUCGGUUUCUGCUAGAAGCAUAAUGCAAACUUUUGCAUUAUUCAUCGUACAUGUAUAAAUUAAUGAGAAUUAUUAUUCUAUUAUGUAAUUUAAACGUGAAUAAAGAGAUUUAUUAAAUUAAUAUCAAUAUAUUAGUGUAAUUAAAAACUGUAAAUAAUAACAUAAAUAAUAUAAAUAUAUAAUUGUUCAUGCAUGUUUUUUUAAGUUAUUGUGCUUAUCUGUUGGCAUUGUGGCAAAUUAUGUAUAAGAUUUUUCUUGAGAAUGAAAAAUAUCUUAAAAUGUGUGCAACGAGACUCGACAUGUCAAUUACUGGUGCAACGAUGAAUUUGCCACAAAGAAUGACGACAGUAGGAAUUCGAAAUCUCACUGCUUUUUUUGUUAUUCUAUUAUUCAGAGAGACACAUGGAAAAUAUUUGGAGGGUCUCAACAUGAACUUAGGAGAUGCUCUUCUAUUUCUCAGAGAAUAUGAUAGCGCAGCUUCGUUAAUGUGUACAAGAGUGACAAUAGCGCAAUGGAACUUCGUGACAAACGUUACUGAUGCAAACCAUCAAAAAAUGAUAGAUGAACAAACAUUAAAAUUAAAAUUUGAAAGAGCUUCUUGGCGAAAAGCAAUCACUUUUGCUUGGAGCCGAAUACCAGAUCCUUUAGCGAGAAGGGAACUUAAAAUGAUUGCUACAAAAGGUCGAAGUUCCUUGACUGACGAUAAAUUUAAUGAGAUAUAUCGUUUAAUAGCGGAAAUGAAAGAGAUUUAUGUUAAAGCCAGAGUGUGUCCGUACAGACAGAUUGAAGAUGAAUGUAAUUUGAGUCUGGAUCAUGAUAUAAAUAAAAUAAUGGCUCAGUCGAAAGAUUACGAUGAAUUAUUGCAUUAUUGGCAAGCUUGGCACGAAGCGGUUGGUCCACAAAUUCAAAAUAAAUAUUUCAGAUACGUUCAAUUGGCAAAUCGAGCAGCUAAAUUAAACGGUUUCGCCGAUGCUGGCGACCAGAUGAGAGAAUUGUUUGAAGAUGAAAAUUUCCAGCAAAAUUUAGCGGAGAUAAUGUCAGCCGUAACUCCUCUCUAUAAAAAUCUUUUUACUUAUGUGCGAUCAAAACUAAUUGAAAGAUACGGUGAUAAAAUACGCGAGGAUGGGCCUUUACCCGCACACAUUUUAGGAGAUAUGUGGGCUCAAAAUUGGGAAAAUCUCUUUGAAUUAAUGCAACCAUUUCCUGCAAGCAGAAAGCUUGAUGUAACUUUGGAGAUGAUGAUUCAAAGUAUUACUCCAAUGAGGAUGUUCCAAAUAGCGGAAGAGUUCUUCACUUCGCUCGGUAUGAAACCGAUGCCACCGGAAUUCUGGAAAUUUUCUAUAAUUGAGAAACCUAUCGAUAGAGAAGUAAAGUGUACUUCCAGUGCGUGGGACUUUUGUAAUAAAAUUGAUUACAGAAUAAAGCAGUGUACUAGAGUUACAAUGGAAGAUCUACUGUCUACCCAUUACGAAAUGGCGCAUUUGCAAUAUUAUUUACAAUACAAGGAUCAUCCAUUGCUAUUCCGAAACGAAGCAAUUCCAGGUUUCUACGAAGCUGUUAGCGAUGCAAUCGGUUUAUCCAUUUUUACUCAGCAACACUCACAUAAAAUUGGGCUGCUCGAUAAUUUAACGGACGAUUACGAUCACAGCAUGAACUUUCUGAUGCUAAUGGCUCUUCGCAAAGUGGCUUAUAUGCCGUUUGCUUAUAUAGUCGAUCAGUGGAGAUGGCGUGUCUUCAGCGAUGGAGUUGAAGAUAUGACAGCACGUUGGUGGGAAUUAAGAUUGCAUUAUCAAGGCAUUAUUCCACCUGUACCCAGAUCUGAAAGGAAUUUUGAUCCAGCAGCAAAAUAUCACAUUCCAGCAGAUAGUCCUUAUGCCAAGUAUUUUGUAAGCAUUGUAUUACAGUUUCAAUUGUUCCAGUCCUUGUGUGAGAUUUCUGGUCACACUGGCGAAUUGCAUACCUGUGAUCUCUACAGGUCACGAGAAGCAGGUCGAUUAUUAUCAGACGUUCUGUCAAUGGGAGCUUCUAAACCAUGGCAAGAUGUUGUCAGGCAAAUGACAAGAGGUAGAACGAAUAAAUUAGACGCUGGUGCCAUACUCAAGUAUUUUGAGCCUUUGAAUGCGUGGUUGAAACGACAAAAUGAGAUGCAGCCUGUAAUCGGUUGGAUCACAAGUCGGGACGACAGAGGAAUUUUUCAUUUUGUUUCAGUAUUAUUCGCUCAAUGGUAUCAAAACUGUGCACAGAAAAUGGGAUUGUGGAAUGUAUUCUUCCUACUGCUUGUAAUUUUCAAAAUUUUUAUUUAUUAAUGAAUAUAUAUAUAUUACUUAAAGUAUUAACAUACAAAUCUCUUAUAUAAUAUAUAU